AUGCGUUGGUCUUCAGUCAUCCUCGGCGCUACUGCGCUCGCCACUUCGGAUUCCUCCGCCGACAACUUCGAUGUUAUCGUCCAAGUAACGGGUCCUAAGGCUAGCGCCGGCUGGGUUGGCCUUGGCUGGGGAGGCGGCAUGACCUACAACCCCCUCACCAUCGUCUGGCCCAAUGGCGAUGAUGUUGUCGUGUCUUCACGAAUGGCCUUCGGUUACUUUGUCCCCCGCGUAACGGCUCUUUGCAAGGGCUGCACCUUCUGGGCUCCCUUCGACGGCGAGUCUACGAAGCUCAACGGCGACGGCGAAAACUACCUCGCGUUUGCCUACUCCAGCGUCCCCGUCGACGACCCCACCGCCCUGGACUCCACCUUUGGCAUCCAUGAGCGCGUCGGCCACUGGAUCCACGACUUUGCCGGCUCCAAGUCUGCCGACUUUGCGACUUGGGCGGGUGCCGGCGGCGACGGCGAUGCCGAAACGCCCGCCGAGCCCCCGGCGACCGAGGAGCCUCCCGCCACAGAAGAGCCUCCUGCUACGGAAGAGCCCCCAGCGGAAGGAGAAGAGCCUGCUGAGGGUGGUGAUGGUGAGUCUGCCAGCACCUCGUCAGCGCCAGUGACGGCCACAUCAACACCUGCUGACCCAACCUCAACCGCUGGUGAGCAGGAACCGACGGAGGAGCCCCAACCCGACGUUGCAGCACUCCGCUCCCAACGUCGUGCCCCGGCGUCGCUGAUCCAGCCUUCCUCUG